AUGAGCUGGAAACUGAUCAACUGCGUCUCGGGCGACGUGUGGGCGUUGCCCCCUUCCCUUUCGUCCCCUCCAUGCUUGCAGCCGUCCCAGGAGGGCAGUCCACAAGACGUCAACGAACGAAGACCGUCGGAACUGCUUCCACGAACCAGCAAACACGUCAGCGCCUCCCCGCCUUCGGUUCGCUCUUCUGCCGGUUCCUCCACUUCUCCAGCGUCUUCGCCGGGGCCUGAUGAUGCCGUCGACGCCGCAUUCACUGUCGGGCGAAGCCCUCAGUGUGCCCUGAGAAUUGCGGACUGCGGCGUGAGUCGUCUCCAUGGGUGUUUUCGAGUUCUUCCUCCCUGUUCUGACAAUGUGGUGCUUUCAUCGCGAGACCAGCUGCCUCGUCCUCGCGGCGGGGACCGCGCGGCAGCUGGCGCCGCGUGCGGAGGACGAGGAAACCGAGGCUCCGGCCUUCACGUUGUUGGCCCCUCGGGCGUGUCAACUCCCUCGGAAGCCUCAAGCGCCUUUCUCCCUUCUGCGACGUCCUCUCUGUCUUCGUCGGUUUCCGCGUCUUCUUCCUGUGUCCGAGUGAAGAGAGAAGGUUUCACAGCGACGCGGCGUGCGCCGCCCCCUGCGUUGGAUUCCGAGAACCUCGUCUGCUGGUCGACAUCGCAGACCGGGCGCGUCUUCUUCGUGGAUGUUUCGUCAAGCGGCACUCGCCGGAAUGGCGUGCUUCUUCGCUAUCCUCCGGAGCUUCGUGAGGCGCACAGAAAAGGCCGGCUGGGCGGAAAAAACACGGCACCCGCCGUGGCAGCGGAGGACUUGACAGGCGGGAGAAAGUGGUUUGAGCUCUUCGACGGAGACGUGAUUCGCUUCGGACAGUGCCCCACCGACUUCGUUCUCAGAUUCUUCCCCCUCGUCUUCUGUCUCUCGACUUCUUCUCUCCCUUCCUCGGUUGCCCCGCGGUGUCGCCGGCCUUCAGCAGCUGAAAGGUCCGACCAGGAGAGCGAGGCAGCGAGACGGCGGACGAGCGAGAGAAGUGAGGAGACAAACGAGGAGACAGCAGACACGCCCACGCUUAACGCGCUAGUUGAGCGAGGCAGAUGGAGCGGCGCCUACUUCUUGGUAGACGAGUGGCAUCCGGCCUGCUGCGCGCUCCUCGUGGGGGGACCGCCUCCUCUACCCAAAGCGCAGGUGCUCGGCUGCUUGUUGGCGAAUCGACCGCUCCUCAGCCCAGCGUGGCUGCCGCCGCUUCGCCCAGAGAACUCGCGUCUGCGAACUCUCACGACGUCGGCCUCAGGCUCGCCGACCUCCGCAUCGGGUGUCUCCUCACCUGCCAGAGGGCCGCCCCGAGGUAUUUACCUCGCAAGUCGUCUUCUCGAGGAGGGAAGUUCUUCUCUGCAAAGUCUGGUGCCUGGGCCUCGUGGCGCAAAGCUCGCAAAGAUCGGCACGGCGACCUGCGGCGUAGCCUCUGAGGCGGGGAAACCGGAUUUGCAGUCCUCGCCUCUCCUCGCCUGGCUGUGCCGCAGUGAGUACGGCCGUGUGGAACUGUCCAGAGAAGCCGAAGGCGCGGUCGGAAACGCAGGAAGGCGCAGGGACAGCGAGAAGGUCAUGUGCUACCCUGAGGCCGCAACGGACUGGCGCCUCCUCCUGCGAGAGAGCGGCGUUGCGUCGUGUGUGGAAACCGAGAGGGAGACUGUCUCCGGAGACAGCAAGGAAAGGGCGAACCGGGAAGGCCAGGCAUCCCCGGGACAGAGUGGGACGCAGGUGACCGUCCUUUCCGACGCGGUUCUCCCCUCGGCUGUGCUCGGCAGCUCCGAGCUCUUGAAAAGCUAUGCCAGGCAGCCGCUCCUGAUUCCCCGCCAAGAUCUCCUGCGAGACAUGGUGUUCCUCGUCGCUUGCCCGCGGCCUGCACGGCGAGGAGGGCCAAGAGAAACGGGCGGCCGCGAGGAAGACGAUCCAAAGAGGACACAGCGCGAAGCGCAUGCGAAGGAGAACGACGACCGGACGGCUCUGCGAGAAGGGGAACCCUGGGGAGGCGCGGGGGAGUCGGAACACAGGGACACUCGCAGCGGGGAAUCGAAUUCGCGGCAAACCCCAGAGAUCAAAAGAGACAGCUGCUCACUCGCAGACGUUCUGAGACAAGCCUGCGCCGUCGUGCUCGACUUCUUUGCGGAGACGCCCAGACACACUUUGGAGCUUCACCGGAGAGCCGCGUCGUCUGUCAGCGGCCCAGCACCCCCGGCGGGAGUGGCUGCCUCUUCGCUCUCUGCCGACAUGCGCCUCGCCUUGUCUGAGGCCUUGUCGUCCUCAGAGAGCAAGGCGGAGACGUGUCAGAGCUUUCCGGUUCGCCUCGCCAGGUGGAUUUGUCGCGGGCUCCGUCGCGCGCAGCAGCCCCAACACGGCGGUCCCGCUGCAGCCGGUCUUUCGCUGUUUGACAUGGUUGUCUCGAACCAGGAACCUCCAGAGGUGCCGCUGGAAGAAGCUUCUCCGGCUUCUCCUCGCCCUCUUGACGCUUCGCUUUCCGCCAGUUUCGUGCAAUCAACCGAAACCGUCAGCGGCGAGCGGCGAAGGAAACGGGCCUUCGUUUUAGUCGUCCCCAGUGAGGCCGAAGCUUCAGUUUCCCGCGGGGACACAGAAACAGCAGAUGUUCUGAGAGAAAUCCUCAUUUCCAUGUAUAUCGCGCUCGCAGCUUACCUCUGCCCGUUCGCCUCCUCUCGUGCUUCGGUUUCUUCGCGUUCGUCGUCCGCGUCUUCUUCGCUGUCUCCUUUCUCUGAUGCUUCGGUCGACGCUUGGCUUCCUGGCGGUCCGGUGAUGAAACAGUUUUACGCGGCGGGGGAGGCUCCACCGAUCUUUGUCUGCAGUGAGCAGCAACUGUCUCUGUCAAUUCUUCUCGGUCGGUCUCUCUUUUCUCUGCCUCCGUCGGUCGCUCCCAGGCAAGGCGUCGACUCGUCCGAGCUUCUUUCCUCAAACUCGGGGCCUUCUGCCGCUUCGUCGCGCCCACGCCUGGAGUGCCUGACACGCCUCGCAGAAAGGGAGAGUUUUCGGCGUCUCCGAGAAGAAGCACGUGAGGACGCGCUGGCCGCUGUCGCUCCGCAUGGCGCCAGAGAGAAGGCGCGCGAAGAGGAGAGGCAGGGAAGGGACGGCAAACAGCGACAAGAAGGCAUGCGUACCAGAGAGACAGCUGAAGAGCGCCCACUUUCAAUCGCGACACUCUCCAGGACGCCGGCAUCUCAAAUGGCGACAGAGCCAAAGACCGUCGAUCUCACUCCUGCUCCUCGCGCUCUGUCUGCUGCAUCUUCCCCGGGACUCCUGCCGUCCUCUGCACUUUGGCGUGCGUCGUCUCCUUCGUUGGGGAGAGAGACAACCUGCUGCGCAACUGAAGCGGAGAAGCCGGUGAGGCUCGUCCCGGUCAAAGGAGGCGCCUUGUUGAAGAGAGAAGGCGAGACGUCAACGGGCCCCGACGCUGGCGCGCCGGGCGAGUUCACAGACGUCUCCCCGGCCAGUCCUCGAGCUCCCUUCGCGUCUUGCUCCAAAGUCGCGUCUGGGGGCUGGCAGCGGAAGAGAUCGCGAGGAAAGAUGGAAAACGAGAGGGACGCGGAGCGCGGCGAGGCAAGAGGAAGAGAGGGAGAGGAAGCAGACGCGAUUUUCUUCCGAGAGAAGCAGGCGCGAGAGCGCAUGCAUGCGCGUCUCGAGAGAGGGGAGACACGCGAAGAAGGAGACGGAACGCGCCCGGGAAAUGUCAAACGGUUUCGGAAGAACCGAGUGUCUGUACCCCCAGGGAAAGGGGCUGCACGGGUUUCCCUCGCGCCUCUCUCCAGUCUCCAGCCCUACGGUUCUCUGUCCUUCGCUGGGCCCCCGGGCUCUCGUCCACCGCGCCGAAACGAAAGUGGGGAACACGAAGCGGCGAGUGCGUUCUCAGGACAAAGAACCAGCGGACGGCAAGGCCUGCCAGCCUCUCGAGACGCAGAUCCCGACCACAGAAGCGAGGAGAAGGCGUCGCCUUCCUUGGCAACAGAGAUGAAGUCGUUUUAA